GACACUCCCUUAUCUGUGCUUGAACGUGAACGUCUGCCCACGCUACUCAGCUCAGCUGACCCGCGGUUUUAUUAUGCUUGCAGUAGUUAGAGUAGGCCUUUGUGUUUUGCAUCAACGACUUUUCACUGGAUCAAGUAGCCUGCUCCUUGUCCAAAACCGAAACAUGUCUUCUUCCAACUCAGCACACUCCAAAAUCCCGAUCACGCUUCUGGGAUCGAUGGCAUUCGGAGGACGAGCUGACGCGGAGAUGAGUGAAAAAAUGGUGAAAGCUUUCCUGGAGCGUGGUCACAGAGAGUUGGAUACAGCUUAUAUGUACACAGAUGGACAGGCAGAGACAAUUAUUGGUGGAAUGGACCUGCCCAACAAUGUGAGUUUAGCCACCAAAGCAAACCCAUGGGACGGAAAGACCCUGAAGCCAGAGAGUGUCCGUUCUCAGCUAGAGACGUCUCUGAAAAGGCUACACACCCAGUGUGUGGACAUCUUCUACCUGCAUGCCCCAGACCACCAGAACCCCAUAGAGGACACACUUCGAGCCUGCAAUGAGCUGCACAAGGAGGGAAAGUACAAAGAGCUCGGUCUGUCAAACUAUGCAUCCUGGGAGAUUGCCGAAAUCUACUGCAUAUGCAAACACAACAACUGGGUUCUUCCCACAGUUUAUCAGGGCAUGUACAAUUCCACCACAAGACAGGUGGAGACAGAACUGCUGCCAUGUCUGAGAAACUUUCACAUGAGGUUCUAUGCAUACAACCCCCUGGCAGGCGGCCUUCUCACGGGGAAGUAUCACUACGAGGACAAAGACGCAAGCCAACCUGCCGGACGCUUUUUUGGCAACAACUGGGCAGGUGCCUACAGAGACAGGUAUUGGAAAGAGAGCCACUUCCAAGGAGUGGACCUGGUUCGAACGGCUCUUGAGGCGUCAUACGGUGCAGAGAAGCCCACUCUUACCUCAGCCGCUAUCCGCUGGAUGUACCACCACUCUCACCUCAAGGGAGAGCUUGGCGAUGGCGUGAUCGUUGGCAUGUCCACCAUGGAGCAGCUCCGUGAGAACCUAGGUGCCUCUGAGGAGGGUCCUUUGAAGGGGGAGGUGGUAGAGGCCUUCAAGCAGGCCUGGGACCUGGUCGCCCACGAGUGCCCCAGCUACUUCCGCUAAAGGGACCUGGUCGCCCACAAGUGUCCCAAACUACUUCCGCUAAAGGGACUCACCCGGUUAAGCCUGCUGAUCAGGCAUCUGAAAGGACUGGACUAGACAAUAUUACACAGAGGACUUGAGAUGCUGUGAACCAAGCAUUAACCUAUUAAUUCCCCAUUGCUAUUUUUUUUUAAACCAUGCCAGAUGAGAGAAAUGAAUCUACUCCUCUUGGUUGAGAGAUUUGCCUUAAAUAUGAGAAGCUACAGUUGACAAGCGAUUUAGAGGGCUACACUGCUCUGUGCCUUCACAGCUCAGUGUAGUUCAACUGACUUAGCAAUACUGUGAUGAGUUUAGCCAGGUCACACUUUAAGCACUUAAAUGCCAUAUAACAAGCGCAGUUUCUUUCAUGUUUCCAUUAUUAUUAAAAUAGUUACAUUUUGUAUGGCC